AUGGCGAAUCUUACUCUCAACUCAAAGGUCCAGCUUAAUAGCGGUUACGAUAUCCCACGGUUGGGAUUUGGGGUCUGGCAAACCCCAACAGAUAUUUGUGAAGAAGUCGUCAAACAUGCAUUCAAGUCUGGUUACAAACACGUCGAUUCUGCAGCCGCCUAUCGCAACGAGGCUCCAUGCGGCAAGGCUAUCCUCAGCUCUGCACUCAAUCGUGAAGAUAUAUUCUUCACCAGCAAGGUUCCUGCUCGCGCAUUGAGCUACGAGAAUACCCUUGCUCAGGUGGAGAAGACUUUGAAGGAGACCGGGCUUACUUACAUCGACCUUAUGCUCCUUCAUGCUCCCUAUGGAGGUCGAGACGCUCGUAAGGGUGCUUGGAAGGCUUUGGUUGAAGCGCACAAUGAGGGCAAAAUUUGCUCUAUUGGAGUCAGCAAUUAUGGUGUUCACCACCUCGACGAGAUGGAAGAGUACAUUCAAGAACUGGAGAAGGAAGGCAAAGGCAAAGGCGGUGUGAUCAGUGUCAACCAACUUGAAAUUCACCCUUGGUUGCCUAGAACUGAUAUUGUUGAGUGGUGCCAAAAACGAGGUAUCGUCGUUGAGGCUUAUUCUCCUCUUGUGCGUGGUGAGAGAAUGGAGGAAAAAGUGUUGCAGCCUCUCACGAAAAAGUAUGGAAAAACGGCAGCACAAGUGCUCUUGAGAUGGAGUUUGCAGAAAGGACUUGUGCCUCUUCCAAAGAGUGUUACUCCGUCCCGGAUCGAGGAGAAUGCCAACAUCUUUGACUUCGAGCUGACUCCCGAGGAGAUGAAAACAUUGGAGAUGGAUGAAUAUUCCCCUGUCUGUUGGGAUCCUACAAUUGCGAAGCUUGAGCAAUAG